AUGAUUAAACGAAAUUCUGAUUGUAAUGGAAAUGAAGUGAAACCAAACAAAACAAUGAAAGAUCUCAAAUCUAUAGACGAGUUUGAUUUGAGUCAAAUAGAUCUCAUUAGAGGUGAAACACCCGUUGAUAUCGCCGACAGAUGUUUGCAAUUAUGCAAAGAGUAUUUGUCGGACGUUUGGACACAACAAACGGUGGAUACGAUUGAAGUGAGAAGAAUAUCCGGAGGAAUGACUAAUCAGUUGUAUUACUGCGGCGUUAAAAGUGCCGACGAGUCGGCAGUAGUUCCACGAGAAGUUGCCAUCAGAUUGUAUGGACCGAAGUAUAUUAAUAAUGAUGGUUUGGCUGAUGAGAGAUUGACCGACAUUAUUAUCGGUUUAAUGGUGUCCCGCAAUGGAUUGGGUCCCAGAGUGUACGGUAUGUUCACUGGGGGGCAGAUUCACAAGUAUUAUAAGCACCGGCAAUUCACAAAAGCAGAGCAAAGUAAACCACAACUUGUGCGGCAAGUGUUUGAAGGGUUGGCUCGCGUUCACGCCAUGGAUGUGCCCACAAAGCGUGAGCACUGGUUCUUCAGAAAUGCUGACAAAUGGUAUAUUAGAGCGCAAAACAACGCCGAAACUCAAACCCUAAUCAAAGAACUCAAUUUGGAGUCAUUGAAAACACAUUCACUGAAAGCGGAGAUGGAUUUUCUCAAACAAGUUGUAGACAAAUGCGAGAGUCCAAUGGUUUUCUGUCACAACGACUUCAGGAGCUCUAAUGUAAUGGUAUUGGAGGACAAGGACUGCAACGACAAUAUCGACGAAAAGGUAUUGUUUUGCGAUUACGAGUACGCGAGCUAUGGAUACCGGGGCCACGACUUGGCCAACAUAAUCAACGAAUGGGGCCGAUCUAUGGAGGACUUUACAAAACCACAUGACUAUCCCAAAGACUCCACUCUUUUACCACUCAUUGAGAUGUAUGUAAAAGAGUCUCAACGAGUAUUAGGCAACAAAUUUUAUGAAAAUAAACUCAAUUCAGUCGAACACAUACUGAAAGAAGUGAAAACAUUUGCUUUGGUUACCUCGAUGUUUGGCCUUUUGUUUUGCCUCAAACAAGACAGUCGUGAUAAAGACUCUCUUGAAAUGGACAAAAAAUUUGCGAUGUUGUUAAUGAAACCAAAGAAAACAUUGAAAGAUAUCAAAUUUAUGGACGACUUUGAUUUGAGUCAAAUAGACCUCAUUAGAGGUGAAACACCCAUUGAUAUCACCGAAAAAUGUCUACAAUUAUGCAAAGAGUAUUUGUCGGACGUUUGGACACAACAAACAGUGGACACCAUUGAAGUGAGAAGAAUAUCCGGAGGACUUACUAAUCAGUUGUAUUACUGCGGCAUUAAAAGUGCCGAUGGAGUGUCGACAACAGUUCCCCGAGAAGUGGCCGUCAGAUUGUAUGGACCAAAGUAUUUCAAUAACGAUGGUUUGGCUGAUGAAAGGCUGACUGACAUUAUUAUCGGACUAAUGGUGUCCCGCAAUGGAUUGGGUCCCAGAGUGUACGGGUUGGCUCGCGUUCACGCCAUGGAUGUGCCCACAAAGCGUGAGCACUGGUUCUUCAGAGCUGCGGACAACUAUUAUAUUAGAGCGCAAAACAACGCCGAAACUCAAACCCUAAUCAAAGAACUCAAUUUAGAAACUUUGAAAACACAUUCACUGAAAGCGGAGAUGGAUUUUCUCAAACAAGUUGUAGACGAGUGCGAGAGUCCAAUGGUUUUUUGUCACAACGACUUCAGGAGCUCUAAUAUAAUGGUAUUGGAGGACAAGGACUGCAACGACAAUAUCAAUGAAAAGGUAUUGUUUUGCGAUUACGAGUACGCGAGCUAUGGAUACCGGGGCCAUGACUUGGCCAACAUGAUCAACGAAUGGGGCCGAUCUAUGGAGGAAUUUUCAAAACCACAUGACUAUCCCAAAGACUCCACUCUUUUGCCACUCAUUGAGAUGUAUGUAAAAGAGUCACAACGAGUAUUAGGCAACAAAUUUUGCGAUAAUAAACUCAAUUCAGUCGAACACAUACUGAAAGAAGUGAAAACAUUUGCUUUGGUUAUCUCGAUGUUUGCCAUUUUGUUUUGCCUCAAACAAGACAGUCGUGAUAAAGAUUCUCUUGAUAUGGACAAAAAAUUGACCAUGCAAUUCUCUGAGUCGGCUUUCACUAACUUUUUGAGCUUAAAGAAACGCUUCACCGCUGAACACCUUUUUGAAAAGUUGUAA